AUGGUAAAGAACGAUCCAAAAACUGGGGAGGAAGUGUCAACCAUCGCCCACUUCAGGUCAAAAACCCACAAACUCAUCGGUAUAGAUGACACAGAAGAGUCUCUCGACAUCAUGAAGGAAAAAAUGCUGAAGUCCUUUUCAGAGUACCAAAAGCGCGGUAGUGGUAGAUCUGUCCGUAUGGUAGAUCUGUUCGAAAUCCGUAUCGGAGAAUUCCGACCACUUAGGGGAAAGGGUCACAUGCCGCUACCCAAACCGAUCGAGAAAAAGAAAGCGAUCAUCAACAUGAAAAAUACGGACGACGAGUGCUUCAAGUGGGCUGUGACCCGCGCGUUGAAUCUUAUUAACAUCCACCCCAAAAGAAUUUCAAAGGAACUCGAAGAACAGUCCAAAGAGCUAAACUGGGAAGGAACAGAGUUCCCAACACCCCUAAACAAUAUAAAAAAAUUCGAAGAAAAUAACAACAUCGGUGUAAACGUAUUCAGAGCUGAUGAGAGUCUAAAGGUGUACCCGUUAAGAUUAACCAAGCUAAAGAGUCCGAUCCAAUAAACCUAUUCCUAUGGAAGAACCACUACAGUGUUAUCAAGGACCUAUCCAGGCUUGUAAGCGCACAGAUUAGUGAGGGAAAGCGCAGAAAGUACAUCUGCAACCGUAGCCUCAACGCAUUUGGUUAGGAUGAGCUCCUAGAAAAGCAUCUGGAGUUAUGUUCGGACAAUGAUUAUCAGAGGCAUGAGUAUCCGGAACCCGUUCACAAAGUUCGAAAAUUAUGGAAAAACACAAACCGUUCCGUUCACCAUCUAUGCAGACUUUGAGUGCUAUAUAGAAGGGUUAAACACGGUGGAACAAAACCCGAACAAGCCAAGCACCGUCCAAUAUCAGAAGCAUAAUCCCAGCGGAUUUUGCUACUAUGUUAAGUGUUUCGACAAUUCCAUCUACAAACCCAAGCUGGUACACUAUACCCAGCAACAUGAGGGAGAAGACGUUACCAAAAAGUUUGUAGACCUUCUUGAGGAGGAGAUUCGCAAUAUAUACAAUGUGUUCAAAACCGCAGAACCCAUCAAAAUGUCUUCCAAAGACAUCGAACGCAACCAAAUGCUAUGCCUGCAACGGAGAAUUCACUCCGGAAAACCAUAGGGUAAGAGACCAUUGCCACUACACCGAGGUAUAUAGGGGUGCGGCACACAACACAUGCAAUCUGAGGAUGAAACAACCAAAGUUUAUUCCGGCACUCUUCCACAAUCUCGAAGGGUACGAUGCUCAUCUAUUCAUCAAAAACCUUGGGGUAAGCAGCGGUGAUAUUAAGUGUAUCCCUAAAACGGAAGAGAAGUACAUCUCCUUUACCAAAGAAAUAGAGGUUGACGAGUUUAGGGGUAAGGAUGGUAAGAAAAAGAAGGUCAAAAGGGAUCUAAGGUUCCUGGACUCAUUUAAGUUUAUGGCAAGCUCCCUGGACAAGCUUGUCAAGGGUUUGGGAAAGGAUGACUUUAGGAAUUUGGACCUAAUGUCAACAUGUUACACCAAAGAACAAAAGGAGCUGCUUAAACAGAAGGGUGUUUACCCCUAUGAAUACAUGGACGGUUUCGAUAAGCUCGGAAAAGCGUCACUUCCGCCGAAAAGCAGAUUCUUUAGCAAGCUGAACAAUGCAGAUAUCAGUGAUGCGGAUUACGAAAGGGCGCAGGACGUGUGGAACGUCUUCGGUAUGAAGACUAUGAGGGACUAUCACGACCUGUACCUGAAAACGGACGUCCUGCUCCUGGCAGACGUGAUGGAAAAUUUUAGGAAGGUCUGCAAGACAAACCUCGGACUGGAUCCAAUGUGGUACUACACAGCACCCGGAUUCGCUUGGGACGCUGCGCUGAAGCUGACGGAAGUGGAAUUGGAGCUUAUCUCCGAUCCGGAUAUGUACCUAUUCAUUGA